AUGAACCUACAUCUGGUAAACUUCAGACAACUGGUGUGUAAAUAUAUUGGAGAAUGCAAUGGUGAAACUGAUGAUGAAAGGGAGCCAACGGUAACAAGAGAAAGCACCGAGACAGAUCCUUUGAUGACAGAAAAUGUGGUUAAAUUGCCAUACGGAACAGAUGAAGACGACAUGGAAACUGGUACAUCUAGUUCUUCUGGAGAUUUACAUGAUGUCAAGAUUUGUGCAAUCUGCUUUGACAAGCCAAGAAAUUGCAUUUUUGUUCCUUGUGGUCAUUUUGUUACAUGUCAUGACUGUGGUUUAAGGAUCAAGGAUGAGGAGAACGAGUUGUGUCCAAUAUGUCGAAGACUAAUUAAAAAGGUCAAAAAACUGAUCAUUCCUUAG